AUAAGCCCCUCCAUACAAUAACAAAUUUGUGUCCAUAUCACCCUCCAUACUCAUUCCAAUACAGCACAAACUCAUUCAAGAAAGAAUUGGACAAAUAUGGCUUCUGUUUGUGCUUCUUCUGCCAUUGCAGCUGUUGCUAUCUCCUCGCCCAGUUCCCAGAAGACUGGAUCCAUAGUAGGAGCAACAAAGGCUUCUUUUCUUAAUGGAAAGAAAUUGAGACUGAGAAACCACACAUCGCCGGUUGCUUCACGAUCGGUUACAGUAUGUGUUGCAGCUGAGCCAGAUAGACCCCUCUGGUUCCCAGGCAGCACCCCUCCACCAUGGCUCGACGGAAGCCUCCCAGGAGACUUUGGCUUUGAUCCCUUGGGUCUUGGUUCUGAUCCUGAAACCCUGAGAUGGAAUGUACAGGCAGAGCUUGUGCAUUGCAGAUGGGCAAUGUUGGGUGCUGCUGGUAUUUUCAUUCCAGAAUUCCUAACCAAGAUUGGCAUCCUAAACACCCCAUCAUGGUACGAUGCUGGAAAACUGGAAUACUUCACUGACACAACAACCCUGUUCAUUAUUGAGCUCAUCUUCAUCGGCUGGGCCGAGGGGAGGAGAUGGGCAGAUAUUCUCAAGCCAGGGUGUGUCAACACAGACCCCAUCUUCCCCAACAACAAGCUCACCGGGACUGAUGUUGGUUACCCAGGUGGGCUAUGGUUUGAUCCUCUUGGAUGGGGAUCUGGUUCCCCUGAAAAGAUCAAGGAAUUGAGGACAAAGGAGAUCAAGAAUGGGAGAUUGGCCAUGUUGGCUGUGAUGGGUGCUUGGUUCCAACACAUUUACACAGGAACUGGCCCCAUUGACAACCUCUUUGCUCAUCUUGCUGAUCCUGGUCAUGCCACCAUUUUUGCUGCUUUCACACCCAAGUGAAGAACCCGAAGGGAGUGCCAAGGCUUGAAAGAUCUGUACUGUGGAAAGAAAAACCUUCGACUCAUUAGAAUUUGUAAUGCCUAUGUUUAUGAUGGCUCUCUCAUGGAAUGCUUGUGCAGUGUACAAAAAUUUUAACUCAGAUGCCCAUGAAUAUAUUUUAGCUGGUGACAAGAA